UUAAUAACUCGAGUGGACAUCCCUAUAGAGGUUCCUUUUCACUUCUGUCAUGGUGUCUUACUAACUUGCCGAAUAAGCAACCACAAUGCCGCAAAACGAAUAUAUUGAACGCCAUCAAAAGCUUUACGGCAGACGGCUCGACUAUGAGGAGCGUAAGCGAAAGCGGGAGGCACGUGAGCCCCACAAGCGCGCAGAGAAGGCCCGCAAACUGCGAGGCAUUAAAGCGAAGAUAUUCAAUAAGGAGCGUCGCAAUGAAAAGAUACAAAUGAAAAAGAAAAUCAAAGCGCACGAGGAGAAAAAUGUCAAACAAAACACUGAGAAAGUGUCGGAAGGUGCGCUACCGGUGUACCUCCUGGACAGAGAUGUACAGUCUCGAGCGAAGGUACUCUCCAACAUGAUCAAACAGAAACGCAAAGAAAAGGCGGGAAAAUGGGACGUGCCGAUACCAAAGGUGAGAGCACAGGCUGACGCUGAAGUGUUUAAAGUACUAAAGUCUGGGAAAUCGAAGAGGAAAGCAUGGAAGAGAAUGGUAACCAAAGUCACAUAUGUUGGUGAAAAUUUCACUAGGAAACCACCGAAGUUUGAGAGGUUUAUACGACCGAUGGCUUUGCGUUUCAAGAAGGCUCAUGUAACCCACCCGGAAUUGAAAGCUACCUUUUGCUUACCCAUAAUAGGUGUGAAGAAAAAUCCAAGCUCGCAAAUGUACACAAGUCUCGGAGUGAUCACAAAGGGUACCGUUAUUGAGGUGAACAUUUCUGAGUUGGGUUUGGUGACACAGGCCGGCAAAGUGGUGUGGGGAAAGUAUGCACAGGUCACGAACAAUCCGGAAAAUGAUGGUUGCAUUAAUGCUGUACUGUUAGUUUGAAUAAUUUGGUUGAAUAAAAUUAUAAAAACA